AUGGUGGCACCACCGGAACAGCAGCAUGAGCGAGGAAAAAUAAAUGAAGGUGAUUUGCCAGUAUCAAUGUUCCUGAUUCCUAUAGCAGCACCCAUGCGCUCCAGUAUUGUAUAUCCAGAAUUUGGGAUGAAUAACUUUCAGAUCAGGCCAGAUUGGAUGAACUUGAUGAAUGCUGCAUUGGAGUGGUUAGAUAUUGAGCCUCACGCCAGCAUUACUACAUGGGAAGAACUAACCAGGAAGUUCUGUAAUAAAUUUUUCCCACCGACGAGGGUGGCUAAAAUCAGAUUGGAAAUUCAAACUUUUCAAAAGAAAGAGGAAGAAAGCUAUCACGAAGCAUGGAAUAGGUUUAAUGAGAUGAUGAGAAAAUGCCCAAACCAUGGAAUUACUAUAGGUAAUCAAGUGCAAUACUUUUACACUGGACUUAAACCAUUGUCAAAAUCUCAAGUCGAUGCCUCAGCUGGAGGAUCAAUUAUAGGAAAAUCUGUGCAGCAAACCAUGGAACUGUUUGAGUUGAUUGCCACUACACAUUUAAUGUUCUCAUCGGAAAGAGUGGUGCCACUGAAGACAGGAGGAAUGUAUGAGUUAGACAGCACAACAUCUACCAAUGCACAGAUAGCAGCUUUAACAAAACAGGUAGAGUUACUUGUAAAAUUGCAAUCACAUGGAGCAAAUGCAAUGAUGACCAGUUCAGCAUGUGAGAAUUGUGGGAAAAAUCACGCUACAGAGAGCUGCAUGAUGCUCACUUCUUUAGAGGAACAAGUAAACUUUAUUCAAAUUAGCUCCCGUAAUUUCAACUCAUAUGGUAACAAUUUCCCGCAAGAAAGGAGACCAAGUUUGGGGGAGAUGUUUCAACAAUAUGUGCAGAAGACGGACAAGGUGUUCCAGCAAAUUGACAUGAACUUUCAAAGUCAGCAGGCAUCCAUCAAGAAACUGGAGACACAAAUUGGUCAGAUAGCACAACAACUUGCAGAACAUCCACAAGGGAUAUUGCCAGGCAAUACAACGAUAAAUCCUAAGGAACAGUUGAUGACACUUAAAGUAGUGGAGAACGAUCUACCCAGGGCCCCCGUGAAAGUUAAACCAGAGAUCACUACAGAGAGACCUAAAAGAAAAGAUGACCAAGAAGUGAUAGAUGAAGCUACAAGGGUAGAAAAAUCUGCACCAAACGCAACUAAAAAUGGAGAAAGUAUAGAAACAUCAGCUGUCAAAGCACCAAGUCUAGACAAAGCUUACAUGCCUCCCAUUCCCUUUCCUCAAAAGCUCAAGAAGAACAAACAAGACACAAAAAAUGAAAAAUUCCUCGAUGUUCUCAAGAAGCUCCAGAUCAAUGUUCCAUUCAUUAAUGCGAUACUACAAAUUCUAAGCUAUACGAAAUUUUUGAAAGAUAUGUUGACAAAGUAA